GCCCCGGCGGGGCGGGCGGAACACCGAGCGCAGAGCGGCGGAGGCGGUGCCGGCACGACGGGGCACCGGAUCAUCGCCGGGAGCUUCAGGCACGGGUCUGGAGAGGCGGCGGCACCGCGAAGCCACGAGAGAGAUGGCAGAGUCGCCGCCGCCCGGCGUGGCCGCUGAAAGUUGCGGCGGGGACCCGGAGAGGGGCGGGGAGAGGCGAGCCGAGGAGCCGGAGGAGCCGCGCGGUGCUGCGGCCCGCGGCGGAGAUCGGGAGAACGAGGCGGGGCCCGAGGAGCCGGAGUCGCCGGUGGCCGCCCCCUUCUUCCUGCUGUACCCGGGGGAUGGAGGCGCGGGCUUCGCGGCGCGCCCGCCGCCGCAGCGCUCCUGGAGGACCCCACCGUCACCCGGCUCCCCGCUGCCCUUCCUGCUGUUGAGCUACCCGAGCGGCGGCGGCGGUGGCGGCGGCGGCAAACAUCACCCUAACUAUCUCAUGGCUAACGAGCGUAUGAACCUCAUGAACAUGGCAAAGCUGAGCAUCAAGGGCUUGAUUGAGUCAGCUCUGAACCUGGGGCGGACCCUGGACUCUGACUACGCACCUCUUCAGCAGUUCUUCGUGGUGAUGGAGCACUGCCUGAAACAUGGCUUAAAAGCCAAGAAAACUUUUCUUGGACAAAAUAAGUCCUUCUGGGGGCCUCUGGAGCUGGUAGAAAAGCUUGUUCCCGAAGCUGCAGAGAUCACAGCGAGUGUCAAAGAUCUCCCAGGACUCAAGACACCUGUUGGCCGAGGAAGAGCCUGGCUUCGUUUGGCAUUAAUGCAGAAGAAGCUCUCUGAGUAUAUGAAAGCCUUGAUCAAUAAGAAGGAACUUCUCAGUGAGUUCUAUGAAGCCAAUGCCCUCAUGAUGGAAGAAGAAGGAGCUAUUAUCGCUGGUCUGCUGGUGGGGCUGAACGUAAUUGAUGCCAACUUCUGCAUGAAAGGAGAAGACCUGGACUCGCAGGUUGGAGUUAUAGAUUUUUCAAUGUAUCUCAAAGAUGGAAACAGCAGUAAAGGCAGUGAAGGGGACGGACAGAUUACUGCAAUCCUAGACCAGAAGAACUACGUAGAAGAACUCAACAGACAUCUGAAUGCUACUGUGAACAACCUUCAGGCAAAAGUAGAUGCAUUAGAAAAAUCCAACACUAAAUUGACAGAGGAGCUUGCUGUUGCCAACAACAGAAUUAUUACCUUACAAGAAGAAAUGGAGCGAGUUAAGGAAGAAAGCUCCUAUCUACUGGAGUCCAGUCGGAAGGGUCCUAAGCAAGACAGAACUGCAGAUGGGCAAGCACUGAGUGAAGCAAGAAAACACUUAAAGGAGGAGACACAGUUACGAUUGGAUGUUGAGAAGGAGCUGGAGCUCCAGAUCAGCAUGAGGCAGGAGAUGGAGCUGGCUAUGAAGAUGCUGGAGAAGGAUGUCUGUGAGAAGCAGGAUGCCCUGGUGUCGCUGCGGCAGCAGCUGGAUGACCUGCGGGCUCUCAAGCAUGAGCUUGCCUUUAAGCUGCAGAGUUCAGACCUAGGAGUAAAACAGAAAAGUGAAUUAAACAGUCGCUUGGAAGAAAAGACCAAUCAGAUGGCUGCCACCAUUAAACAACUGGAGCAAAGAUUGCGCCAGGCUGAGAGAGGCCGCCAGGCUGCCGAGUCGGACAACCGGCUCUUCAAACGGGACUUUGGAGACAAGAUCAACAGUCUGCAGCUGGAAGUGGAUGCGCUCACCAGGCAGCGGACUCAGCUUGAAUUAGAACUGAAACAAGAAAAAGAGAAGAGGACCCCAAAGCCAGAGCCCCGCACGGAUGGGAAGCACAACAUUCAAGAGGAGAAUGUUAAACUAAAGAAGCCGCCAGAAGAAAGCCACAGGCGGCUGACCCACCCUGCAGACGAACAGGGUCAGCCUACAGUCUCUGAAGAACCACAGGUGUGUCAGCUGUGCCAGGGAGAUGACAGCCUGACCAAGAGCGUGUGCAACAACUGCAGAGGAACCUUCUGUAAUGCCUGCACGAUGAAUGAGCUGCCUCUGCCUUCCAGCAUCAAACCUGAACGAGUGUGUAAUCCUUGUCACGAGCAGCUGAUGAAACAGUAUUCCACCAGCCCGUCCUAAGACCGGAGGCCAAGACCAGGCCAGAGUUAACUAACGUCAGGCCUCGCCACACGUUAGAUGCAAGAUCCGCUGGAACCCAGGUUCUUAGAGCCAGCUGUAGUUGGUAGGAAAGAUGCAAGUAAACCAGGUCAGUGUCCCUGGAGAAGGCAGAGCUUGGAGGUGCUUGGACCUUAGCCCAUCUUCUCUAGUGAGUGUACAAAUAAAAGUCACUGAGCCUUUCCCCUCAACACCUACCCAAGCCCACUCUGGAGAGUUUAUAAGCGUACCUUUGGGCUUAUUUUGGGCUAUUUAUUUCUAUGAAGUGAUAAAGCUGGAUAUUAGCUUAGUUGAAAAGCACUGCCUAGCAAGUGAGAAGCCCCUCCUCCUGCCCUAGCAUCCCUGCCAAAAAGAAACUUGACCUUUGC